CGAAAAAAGUUGCCUCUGGUCAUGAAAAAAAGCCUAUCGGAAGCUGGGAUCUAGAACCAAGAAAACCACACAGCGGGCGUUCAUUUAAGUCUGUGAUUCGCUUUUUAUUUUCUCAAGCAAGAUGAGUUUGUCGUGUGUACAACGGCAGUAUUUGUGAGCUAAAUCUCGCGGCUAAAAUCAAUUGAAGUGUUCGUUGCUUUGGACUUAGUAGUCUUACUUUCGAGGCACAAACUUGGAACCAGUAAAUUAGGCUAAUUUACCAAAGGCGGCUGCGGAAGAAAGGACCAUGUCAACGGAAGAAAGAUAUAAAUUGGUGGUCGUGGGCGGUGGAGGUGUUGGGAAAAGCGCACUCACUAUUCAGUUUAUUCAGUCAUACUUUGUGUCUGACUAUGACCCAACCAUUGAAGACUCGUACACUAAAAUCUGCACAGUGGAUGGAAAGGAGACGCGUUUAGACAUACUUGACACAGCAGGACAAGAAGAGUUUGGCGCAAUGAGAGAGCAAUACAUGCGCUCUGGAGAAGGUUUCUUACUGGUAUUUGCUUUAAAUGACAGUGGCAGUUAUAAUGAAAUUCAGAAAUUUCACACUCAGAUUUUGCGGGUAAAGGAUCGAGAUGACUUUCCCAUGGUUCUUGUUGCCAACAAAUCCGAUCUUGAGCUGCAGAGAGCGGUCUCAAAGGAGGACGCCAUUGCAUUUGCCCGAGAAAACAGAAUUCACUAUAUGGAAUCGUCAGCAAAGAACCGCCACAAUGUGGAUGAAGCCUUCCUGGAGGUUGUGAGAGCAAUAAGGAAGUUUCAGGAGACGGAGAGUCCACCGCUGCCCACUAAUCAUGCUGGGAAGCAGAAGAGUGGAGGCUGUCCCUGCACCCUACUCUGACUGCCCCUUUGCACUGUUGCCUAGGAGACUGAAGCCCUUUCUCUCAUUCCUGGUGCCUUAUGUGUCUACACAGUGUGUGUGUGUUUUGUGUCAUGGAUGUGUGUGCGUGUCUGUAUGCAUCAGUGUUCAGUGGCUUUUGCAGUGUAUGUGUAUGAAUGGGUUUCUAAAGAGAAACUAAAUCAAAUUUGAGAGAUUUUCUUGGAAAGGGAGACCCUGGUUUUCAAUUCAAUCCACGUAUUUCUAGUGACUUGUACAAUUUGAGGUCUCUCUUGGAUAUAGGUUUAAGCACAGUAUUUGUUAAUUUCCAGCCUUUAGUAAAAGGUUGCCAAAAGAUGAAGUGCCAAGAUAGAGGGACCAAUGAAUUUAAAUAAUGUUUGAUUAACCCAACACAUAUGUGAUCAUGUUUUAAACAUUUUUAAUGAGUUGGGUUAAUGUAUUGGGUUAUUUACAGGAAAAGGCAGAAAACAUUGUAUUGACUUAGACCUUUGUCCAGUCUGUGUCAUCUCUGUGUGUUCAUUUGAGAGAGUGUGGUGACACAAAAAUGGCUGCUCUGGUAUCUUCCUUGUUUCCUACAUUGAACCAUCAUUGGCAAGAAUAGUGUUCAUCUACAUAGUUUUUAUUCAUCUUACCCGAUUAAGGUAACUGGGGAGACUGUACAGAUGAGGACGGUUUUAUAACAUGAUGUGGUUUUAAAAACAAGAAAGUAUUUCUUUACGAAAGAUAGUAGAGAAGGAGUUCCAUUACAACAGUGGGUCCAGUAUUUGUGUCAUGCUUAUAUUCAUACAAAUCAAAGGCCAUGCUGUAUAUGUUUGCACACCUUUGUAUUUGUGAACUGUUAUGUAGUUUAACACUAAAAUGGUUUCAUUUGGGGGGAUGUUUUGAUCUGUUUUUGUUUUUAUCCAAAGAAGUUUCAUUUUGAUGUUUCAGAGGUACUUUUAGUUGGUCAUAUGCAGAAUAAGUCUGUCACUAGAUGAACAUGCUAUUGUAUAUGAUUUACACUUUUCUUGCCAGAAAAGUGCAAAAAUGAAUUAACUAACAAAAUAUGAUAUUAAUUAGUGUUGAGAGGGAAAGAGUUAUUUUGUAUGUACACGUGUGAAAGGGUUUCGGGGGGGUUGAGAAUGAGCAAAAAUAAAACUGGGUACUUUUCCUUGUCAUGCUAUAGCAGUUUUUAAAUUUUACACAAGGGAGUGCUACGCCCACUUUAUGGCCUUAAAUUAAGAGACUUUAUUUGUAUGCAAACUUUGUAAUAGCCCUGGUUUACCAUCUGCAAAAAAAGAACAAAGCACUAUACUAUUUUAGAAUGUAAGGAGGAAAAUAAGCGAUAAACAUUGUAAUAUUAUCAUUCAUGCCAUCAUGUCUUAAAUAUUUCAGUCAUUUUAAUAUAAAAUGUUUUCUUAAUUCCUCUGAGAUUACAAGCAAUUUGUCCAUUUUCAAUUUGUAAACAUCAAACAAUAUUCUUUUGUACACAAUUAAAAUGUUUACUUAAAUGUU